UGUGGUUGUUCAGUCAAGAUGGCUCCGGUGGAGCACGUUGUGGCGGACGCCGGGGCUUUCCUGCGGGACGCGGCUCUGCAGGACAUAGGGAAGAAUAUCUAUACUCUUCGGGAGGUGCUCAGCGAGAUUCGGGACAAGGCCACGCGCAGGCGGCUCGCCGUGUUGCCCUACGAGCUGCAUUUCAAGGAGCCCUUCCCGGAGUACGUACGGUUAGUGACAGAGUUUUCAAAGAAAACUGGAGACUAUCCCAGCCUCUCUGCCACAGACAUCCAAGUGCUGGCACUCACCUACCAGUUGGAAGCAGAAUUUGUUGGGGUAUCCCACCUAAAACAAGAACCAGAAAAGGUUAAAGUAAGUUCAUCUGUUCGGCAUCCAGAAACUCCUCUACUCAUUUCUGGUUUCCAUCUGCCCUCAAAGCUUAAACCCCCACGAGAGAAAGUAGAUCAUGAACACCCAGCCAGUGAGCCUGAAAAUCUAGAAUUCAGUUCCUUCAUGUUCUGGAGAAAUCCUUUGCCUAAUAUUGAUCAUGAACUCCAGGAGCUGUUGCUUGACAAAGGUGAGAGUGUUCCAAGUGAGGAGGAGGACGAGGAAGAAAAUGGGUUUGAAGAAAGGAAAGAUGAAGAUAGUGACGCUGAUGGGGGUGGGUGGAUAACCCCCAGCAACAUUAAGCAGAUCCAGCAGGAGUUGGAGCAGUGCUGUGUCCCAAACAACGUGCGGGUCGGCUGCAUGACAACAGACUUUGCCAUGCAGAAUGUUCUGCUGCAGAUGGGGCUGCAUGUGCUGGCGGUGAAUGGCAUGCUGAUCCGAGAGGCCCGGAGCUACAUCCUGCGCUGCCAUGGCUGUUUCAAGACAACAUCUGACAUGAACCGAGUGUUCUGUUCCCAUUGUGGAAACAAGACCCUGAAGAAAGUGUCUGUGACUGUCAGCGACGAUGGUACCCUGCUUAUGCACUUUUCCCAUAACCCUAGGGUGCUGAACCCCCGAGGCCUCCGGUAUUCACUUCCUACUCCCAAGGGGGGCAAAUAUGCUGUCAACCCCCAUCUAACUGAGGACCAGCGUUUCCCUCAGCUGCGACUCUCCCGAAAGGCCAGGCAGAAAACCAACGUGUUUGCCCCUGACUACAUAGCCGGGGUAUCUCCCUUUGCAGAGAAUGAUAUUUGCAGCCGAUCAGCUACCUUACAGAUUCGAGAUAGCACCUUGGGGGCUGGGAGGAGACGGUUAAAUCCCAACGCUUCCAGAAGGAAGUUUGUGAAGAAAAGGUGAUUGGCACACUGGAUUGCUGCUGCCGCGUAGUUCUGGUGUCUCAUUUCCCCAGCUGUGUCAUCUCCAGAGCCAUCCGGAUGGGAAGAAUAGGCUCAACUUACAGAGUGCUGCUUUGUGACUUGCUAUGGUAUGCUGGGUUUGUGGUGGAACUGGGCUACCCUGGCCCGUAAGGAUCGAGAGAGCUGGAAUUCCUGCCGUGUUAGGUGGAAUUGGAUAGAAACAGAAGAACAAUGUCCUGAACUUUAAAGAGAAUUUCCAAAUGAUACUAUUUUUCUAAUAAAUGUGAUUGCAAGCCUCUGUGCACUUUUAUGAAAUAGCCUAAUUUUUUGCUGCUUAGGUACUUUGAAGACUAACAUUGAAGGUGUAUACCCAAGGAAUAAGCAUUUAGAUUUAUCUUUUUGCCAGAAAAUAUAAUUAAAAAAUUAACCAAUUGUUGCAGAGUUGAUUCUGGCUUAUGGAAACCCGUGUGUGUCAGAGUAGAACUGUGCUCCAUAGGGUUUUUCAAGGCUGUGAAACAGAUUGCCAGGCCUUUAUUCUGAGGUACCUCUCGGUGAGUUUGAACCACCAACCUUGUGGCCCCCCCAAAAAUGUCCAUGUCCUAAUCCCCAGAACCUGUGAAUGUGUUACCUUACAUGUCAAAAGGGACUUUGCAGAUGUGAAUAAGUUAAGGAAGAUUAUCCACAAGAGUCAUUGUUAGAGAAGCAGAUGUGACCAGGGAAGCAGAAGUUGGAGUGAUGCGACCAUAAGCCAAGGAAUGCCAGGAGCUUCUUGAUGCUAGAAAAGGUAAAGAACAGAUUCUCUCAUAGAACAUCCAAAAGGAACACACCUGAUGACACGUUGAUUUUAGCCCCAAAAGACCCAUUUUGGACUUCACACCGCCACAACUAUAAGCUCGUAAAUUUAUGUUGUUUUAAGCCACUAAAUUUGUGGAAAUUACUACAUACCAAUAGCUCUAAUUCCAAACUAGCACCCAGAGAGAGUCUUGUCUUCCUCUUUCUGUGUGUACAGCUCUCUUCCCCACUGAGAACACUGGUUCCAACAAUAUACGGACUCAUUUGCUCAAUCUAAAUUCACAUGAAAUAGUUUCAGAGUUGCUAUACCCAUAGCACUACCAAAACAAACCUGCUGAGUACAAAAUUCACAGUUCUUUAGAUUGAUAGUAUAUAUUCAAAAUCCUAUCUUCAAAAGUUCCUUAAGUUAGGUUUUUUUCACCUCUGUGGUAAUCUUGUCCAUUUGUUUCAGUUUAUAUUCAGUUUAGAAAUUUCCCCCCGCCUAUGGAUCUAAUUUUACCUUUUUAAAAUAUGAAAAUGGUAACAUAGUUCCAAAAGUCAAAACUACUAAAAGGAAUAUGUAGAGUUGGAUGCCAUUACUUCCCUUAUGCUACCCCAUUUGCCUUCAACCCCUAUAAUUUCAUUUGUUUCUGAUUUAUCCUCGUUUCCAUUUGCAAAAGUAUGUGUGUAUGGAAUCAAUAAAACCAGAAGUUCUUUGAAAACAUCAAUAAAAUUGACAAACCUUUAGCUAGACUGACAAAAAACGAAAAUAACCAAAAUAAAAAGGGGGGACAUGUUACAGGAGACCCAAUGGAAAUAAAAAGAAUUAUGACAGACUAUUGUGAACUAUAUGGCAACAAACUGGAUAAUGUAGAUGAAAUGGAGAAAUUCUUAGAAGCACACAACCUACGCAAACUGACUUAAGAGGAAAGAGAAAGUCUCAGCAGAUGCACAACAAGUGAACAGAUGCAAUCAGUGAUCAAAAAUCUCCCAACAAAAAAGUCCUGGACCAGAUGCUUUCACUGGGGAAUUCUACCAAACAUUUAGAGAAUUGACACCAAUCCUGUUUAAACUCUUUUCAAAAGAUAGGGAAAGAAGGAAUACUCCCUAAUUCAUUCUAUGAAGUAAGCAUAACCCUGGUACCAAAACCAGACAGAGUCACAAGAAACGAAACUAUAGGCCAAUAUCUCUUUUGAAUAUAGAUGGCAAAAAUCCUCACAAAAUAGCGAACAGAAUCCUACAGCAUAUUAAAAAAGUCAUACAUCAUGACUAAGUGGGCUUUAUUUCAGGAAUGCAGGGAUGGUUCAACAUUAG